AUUUAACGGACUCGCGACUUCGCUAAACAGUACAGUUGGAUGCACGAUGAUAACUCGGGUGAUCGGUGCAGCUCCAUCAUACAUCUAGGGGCGUCCGCCGAUACUGUACCUGAAGAAAAUUAAUCUUCAGUCAGCCAGUUCGAGAGUUAUGCCACGCUGUAGUAUCCAGCGAACAUUCCGUCUUCACAAACACCGAAGAAUUAAGAAGAAUCGUUUAAUUAAAUAGCAAUAAAAGCUUUUAAAAAAAAGGAAAACAGAUUUUAGAGACGAAAGUAACCAAGGAUCGAACGUUAUCCUAUUGAUGCGUUAUUUUUAUAACGUGUAUGGCGACUCGAAAAAAAUAAUUUGUUUCAGAGAACAGAUUUUUAAUUUCUUUUUACAUACAUAUAAUUUCCAAGGAACAUUUGCGGUUAUAGAAGCUCUCCGUUUUGAACAAUCUGUUUUAUCUAUUAUAACGAACUUUCAAGCACAAUCCAAGUUUACAACAAAUUACAGAGAUUUUUAUAACAUACAAUUCUUUACAAAUGGGAAUUUUGCGUCAACUAUUGUUUGGUAAAUAUCUGUUAAUUACUAAUACCGUGAGCUGCGGUUUAAUGAUGGCAGCAGGAGAUGUAAUUCAGCAGCGCAGUGAAUAUUGGAAGAAGUAUUCUCACAAAUACUUUCCGUCUAGCGUUAUGGCAGCAUCGCCGGAGGACGAAGAGACUGCGGCAAUUUCCAGCACGUCUGUGUACGGACACGAUUAUGCGAGGACCAGAAACAUGACAGUUGUUGGGCUGAUUCAAGGCCCGUUUCAUCAUUGGUUCUACAUAAUUUUAGACAAAGUUUUGCCGGGCAAAAGCGCAAAGUCGAUAGUUAAGAAAACGCUUCUCGACCAAUCAAUCGCGAGUCCUACAUGUCUGGCAAUAUUUUUCGUCGGCCUCGGAAUUCUGGAGCAUCGCAAAAUCGAGGAAAUCUGCAAGGAGCUGAAAUUGAAGUUUUACGACGUAUGGAAAGUUGAUUGUUGCUUUUGGCCUCCUACACAAUGCAUCAACUUUCUCUUUGUGCCCUUGCAUUAUCGAGUACUUUACAUAAAUGCUAUGACGAUGGUCUAUGAUAUUUUUUUAUCUUAUAUGAAACAUGAUGCUCAUUUUGAGUGAUGAGAUGAAAUCUCGUGGCUAGUCUGAAUAAAGGAAGUAACUGCGCAAAUAAUAGUUGCGAAGCAUGUAUUAUAUAUAUCUAUUAUGUAUGUUUAUUAUUAUUAAUUACACAUAACAAUAUAUGCAAUGAAACGCAA